AUGAAAUUAAGUGGGACACGCGCCUGUGCCUCGAUAUGAAGUUGUCGGACUUCAAGUCCGCCAAGUUGUUCCACGUUUCUUUUACUCAGCCAAAACCAUAAUGCAAUAGGGCCUUAUGACUUCCCCCUAUAUCCCUCUCCCAGCAGCCCCUCUGCCCCUCUCCGAAGAUCCCAGCUCAAUGGAGCUCUCUUCGUCUGCCGAUGAUGAUGAGGGGCACGGUCGACCAAGGCUUGGGAGAUCUGCGACUAUCAACAGCUUGGGAGACUUCGAGUUUGAACACGCUCUAUUGCCUUUGACAUUGAGCGGGGAUGCAGAUGUUGACUCUCAUAAAGAAGAGAGACAUGUUGAGCUAUGGCACGGUGUUGCACUGGUGGUAGGAGCACAGGUUGGAUCAGGCAUAUUCUCCUCUCCAGGCGUAGUUGUGCAAGAGGUAGGCAGUGUAGGUGCGAGCUUGAUGGUCUGGGUUAUCAGCGGUGUUUUAGCUUGGACAGGGGCAAGUUCGUAUGCUGAGCUAGGAUGUGCUAUUCCUCUCUCUGGAGGUAGUCAAGCAUACUUAGCAUACGCAUUUGGGCCAAUCACUUCAUACUUGUUCACCUGGACUGCAGUGUCAGCAUUGAAGCCAGGAAGUGCGGCUAUGAUCGCUCUCAUCUUUGGUGAAUAUGUCAAUCGCUUAAUAUCACAUUCCUUGGGAGACUCCGAAGUCCCGGCAUGGUCAAUCGAAGUGACAGCAGUCUUCGCUAUAUUUCUAUGUUCAAUUCUCAACGCUAUAUCACCUACCAUGGGCACGAAUUCAACGGUGGUCCUUACUGUCAUUAAAAUUGGUGCGUUGGUAUUCGUGGCGGUCUUGGGUGCAAUUGUGCUGCUCAGAGAUGGACCUGGCGAGGGUUUGAUGCCCAGUGGGUUGUUCAAAGGCACAUUGGCGGAUGCAGGCAACUACGCUAUCGCUAUCUACUCCGGUCUUUGGGCAUUUGAUGGCUGGGACGCUUGUUGUUAUGUGGCAGGCGAAAUGCGAGACACCAACAGAGAUCUGCCCCGUGCUCUGCACUCUUCAAUGGCUAUCGUAGUGGUUCUCUUUCUUGGAGCCAACCUCUCUUACUUUAUUGUCCUCAGCCCAUCUGUCGUGGCCUCGUCAAACACCGUUGCGUUGGACUUCGGAAAAGUUACUAUCGGGAAAUUUGGAGCCGUUGUGUUCAGUACUCUGGUAGCUAUUAGUUGCUUUGGAGCCUUGAACGGCGGAUUGUAUACAACAGCAAGGCUCAUCUAUGCAGCCUCUAAAGAACACUUCCUUCCUUCCAUCUUCUCACGUCUUCACCCCCAGCGUCGAACGCCAGAUAACGCUAUUCUGCUUCAAGGUGGAUUGGCUAUCUUUUUUGUCAUCUUCGGUGGGGGAUUUAGAGCGCUACUGAACUUUUUCUCCGUCGCUUCUUGGACCUUUUACCUCCUCACUGUCCUUGGUCUCCUCGUUCUGCGUGUCAAAGAGCCUCAUCUCGACAGACCGUAUCGGGCUUGGCUCGUUACACCUAUCGUCUUCUGCGCCGUGUCCAUGUUCCUUUUAUUGAUGCCCAUUUUCGCUGCUCCAUGGGAAGCAUUUGCAGCAUUCGUAUUCAUUGCUUCGGGUAUGCCAGUGUAUUAUCUGACAGUGAGAUCUCGCACUCGAAAUGCUGAGCUCGAUGGUGCCAGCAGUUCCGGCUGGGGCGUGCGUGUUACAUUAUCUGAUGCGUGGAUCAAAUUCAGAGAAGAUAUCGAUAGGCUCUUGCCGCGAGAAUGGCAGCAACCAUAUAGACCGCAACCCCAUUAUAAUAGCGACCGACGAAGAGGGAUGCUUGGAGAGCAAGUUGAAAUGUCUGAGAGACGGUAGCUUCGAAUUCAGCCAUAUCGUACAUGAAAAACAUACAAAGCCCUGGAUACACAUGCUUUCAAACCAUCAAUGCCUUCCCUUCCCCAUGCCCUUCUUUGGACCUCUAGGAGUCUUCCCCUUCCUUUCCAUAGCUAAAGCGGCCUUUUUGGACCUCUUUCGCAAUUCCAUUUCCUUGCCCUUCCUUCUCUCCGCCUUAGUUUCCAUGCUUCUGCUAAUCUUCUUUUUCUCCUUCUUCUUUUCAUCAGCCUUCUGAGCUCGUCUACUUGAUGGAGGCAACAACUUGACGGUAGGCUUUUUGGAUUUCAACUCUGAUUUGUCAUCAACAGAGGGCGAAGGUGAAGUUGAAGUUCGGAUGGGAUAGAUUGAAGCAGAGGGAUCAAAGUCUUCGGUGAUG